AUGUCACACAAAAUAAAAAUAAGAAACAAUGUCAUGUACGCCACGACCCCCAUCAUAAACGAGGACGACAUUGCGGACUUCGUUUCGAACAUGAAUGUGCACAAAUGGGAAGGAGAGACAGAUGGGAUGGCAGAUCAGGAGGCGGGUCAACUGACUUGCGAAUUGGCGGGCAGCCUGCCAGAGGGAAGCGCACACUGUUACCCAGUUAAGGACAUACAACUCGGAAGCUUAAAAAUCUCCGACUGGGGUAUGUCCAUCCUCAUCCCCUGCGUCCUGAGAAGCAGGAAUUUGGUUACGCUUAAUUUAUCUAGCAACGACUUGACUAAUGAUAGCGCAAAAAUCCUGGCCAAGUGUCUCAAGUACCUUCCCCGACUGGUCUCCCUAAAUCUGUCUAACAACCUGAUCAAGUCCGACGGCGCCAACGAAAUUAUAGAAGAAUUUUUCUCCAAAAAAUUCAUGUCCAAAAGAGAAUUCUCCUCAGGGGCAGAACAAAUAAACACCAAUUUUCACCUGAACAGUCAGGCAAAAAAUGCCAUAAAAAAUAUGCACACAAAUGUACGUGAACUGGAUUUGUCCGACAACUUUUUGGGCCCCUCAGUUCUCUUAAAAUUAAGUCAAGUCUUAAAUAACGAUAACAAUGAUAAAAUCAAAUUAUACAUAAAAAAUGUCCAACUGAGUGAUGUGAAUUUAUCCUCCUUUUUUCAAAAAUGCACACACAUACAAAGUUUAAACAUUUCUGAAAAUGGCAUUGCUUCCGCCUUAUUCUCCGAGCACAUGAAGAAUUUAUUUACAUCCCAAUUAAACUUAAAAGAAUUACAUUUGUCGAAUAUAUGCUUUGAUCAAAAUGGAACACAGAAAGAGGAACAUGGAAAUGAACUACUUAAACAGUUGGUUAAUCAACUGACUGAAGCGCCCAAUUUAUCCGUUUUGUCAUUUGCAAACAAUAAUGUGAAUGAUCAUGGAUUUGCACUUUUCUGUGAAUUUUUAAAAAAAAAUAAAAACAACAUAACAGCGAUUGAUUUUUCGAAUAAUCAGAUUUCCGAUAUGAACAAACUCAGCGAAGCGUUAAAAAAUAAUCAGACAUUAAAAAUUAUAAAUUUAUCAAAUAACAGAAUUACGGAUGGAAAUUUAAAACACUUUUGUUCCGAGACUUUGUCUUCCAACCUCACCGUUGCAGAAAUUUCCCUGUCGAAUAAUGACUUGACGGACUCUUCAUGUGCUUACAUUGCCGACGCGUUGAUGAUGCAGUGUAGGAUUGUAGAAAGGUCAAUUAAGUUGAGGAAGCAACUUGGGGGGAAAGAGGGCUCCCAUACCAUGCCGCGCACUCUUCACAGGGUUGAAGUGGACAAACAGGAUAAUUUAGGCGGUCAAGGUGAGGUACGGCAUGCUAGUAGCCCCCCUCGUGACACUUGUCGUGACACUUGUCCUGACCCGCCUUGUGAAUCCCCACGUGCGUGGGAAGAAUUGCCCGAAGUUGACUCGCAAAAAUCAACGUCCAACUCGAGCGAAGGAAGCUCAAUCCCUGUCCAUCUAACCAAAGCAAAAAAAACGAACUCCAAAAAUGACCACUCUCAAAUAAUACACAAAUUUAAAGAGUUCAUCACCAACCGACACAACGAACAGAAUGAUUUCUUUUCUUGCAUCGGUGUCCCAUCCCUUAACAGAGCUAGCGAAACGUCCAAACUGCUCUUCUUGCAUGAAAAACGGAGAAACUUAAUAUAUAACAAGAAUGAAGACUUGUACCAUUCCUGUGAUUCAUUUUCGUUCAACUGUUUUAAAGGGCUCAAAUAUCUGAACGUUUCUGGGUGUCGCAUUAGUAGCCAAGGGUUGACUCUCCUCAUUAAUUCACUUAACAUGCCCUAUUGUUCGUUAGAGUUUCUCGACGUUUCCUCGUCCGCUAGCGACCUAACCGAUGCUACACACCAGGCAUUGUCCUCACUAAUUGCAGAAAAAAAAAACAAAUUCGAAAAAAAUGACAAGUUCCAUUUUGAGCAUUUGCCCCUCACCGUCCGAGGGGUUGCGCCCACACUCAUUCCCCUGAACGACUCGGAGGAUAACACGGAUGGGGACAGCAUAGGUUACACAAGAGUGAUAAAGAGAUAA